AUGUCCGAACUCGAACUCAGUCGUUCAGAGAAGAAGAAAAAGAAAAGCAAAUCCAAAGAUGACGCCAUCGUGAAUAAAAGUUCCGACGACGCCACCGACGCCGUGGAUUACCUGAUAAAGCCCCAGAGUUUCACUCCGUCGAUCGACACUUCUGAAUGGCCGAUUCUUCUUAAGAACUACGACCGUCUCAACGUUCGAACCGGACAUUAUACACCACUCCCUUCCGGUUACUCUCCUCUCAAACGCCCUCUCGCUGAGUACAUCAGGUAUGGUGUUAUUAACCUCGAUAAACCUGCAAACCCUAGCUCCCACGAGGUUGUAGCUUGGAUCAAACGUAUCCUCCGUGUCGAGAAAACCGGCCAUAGCGGCACACUCGAUCCAAAAGUCACUGGAAACUUAAUCGUUUGCAUCGAUCGAGCCACUCGGCUUGUUAAAUCACAACAAGGUGCCGGAAAAGAGUACGUCUGUGUCGCGCGACUCCAUUCCGCGGUGCCUGAUGUCGCUAAGGUGGCUCGAGCGUUGGAAACUUUAACUGGUGCUGUUUUCCAGAGACCGCCAUUGAUUUCCGCCGUUAAAAGGCAGCUUAGAAUCAGAACCAUAUACGAAAGCAAGCUAUUAGAGUAUGAUGCUGAUAAACAUUUGGUUGUCUUCUGGAUUUCAUGCGAGGCUGGUACGUAUGUGAGAACUUUGUGUGUCCAUUUGGGGUUGAUUUUGGGCGUUGGUGGCCAUAUGCAGGAAUUGAGGAGAGUUAGGUCUGGGAUCAUGGGGGAGAAAGAUAACAUGAUAACUAUGCAUGAUGUUAUGGAUGCACAAUGGGUAUAUGAUAAUUACAGAGAUGAAACAUAUCUCCGGAGAGUGAUCAUGCCAUUGGAGGUCUUACUGACCAGCUACAAGAGAUUAGUGGUGAAGGAUUCUGCUGUAAAUGCUAUCUGUUACGGUGCUAAACUGAUGAUUCCGGGCUUGUUAAGAUUCGAAAACUCCAUUGAGAAUGGAGAAGAAGUGGUGUUAAUGACCACAAAAGGGGAGGCCAUAGCUCUUGGUAUAGCAGAGAUGACUACUGCUGUUAUGGCUACUUGUGAUCAUGGGGUUGUGGCUAAGAUCAAAAGGGUGGUGAUGGAUAGAGAUACUUACCCGCGGAAAUGGGGGUUGGGACCCACAGCUUCUAUGAAAAAGAAGCUGAUUUCCGAAGGGAAACUGAGCAAACAUGGGAAACCAAAUGAGAAAACUCCGGCUGAGUGGUCUAGGAAUGUUGUUCUACCGCCAGGCGGAGAUUCAAUGGUUGCCAGUCUUGCAGCUGCACCUGUGACUGAAACUGUAGAACUCACAGAGACUGUGAAAGUUGAUGGUGAGAAGAAGAAGAAGAAGAAGAAAAAGGGUAUUGAAGAUGGCGAAGAAGGUAAGAAAAGGAAAUUAGAAGAAGAUGAUGUUACAGAUACACCAUUAGCUUCCAAGAAGCAGAAGAUUGAAGAAGACAUAGAAGGUGAGACUACUGAAAAGAAGAAGAAGAAGAAGAAGAAAAGUAAAGAUGGUGACGAAGCCCAAGCUGUUUUAUCAGAUGGGGAUAAAUCUGAAAAGAAGAAGAAGAAAAAGAAGGAUAAAGAAAAUGGUGAUGCCACUGUAACUCCAUCGGCUGCUGUAAGUGAAGAUGAAGCAAGCAAAAGCUCGAAGAAGAAGGAGAAGAAGAAAAAGAAGAAAGAAGCUCAAGAAGAAUAGAUUGGAACGAAAUCUGAAUCAUUGCCCAUGCUAUGUAAGUUCUUCUGCACAUUUUCGUUGAGCCAAUUUUCGCGUUUUGUUUUAUUAGUUCAAUUUAGGUCCGUAGCGGUCUUCCCUUAAAAUGUUAUGCGUUUUUUAGUUAUAAGUUUGAAAAUUUUGGUACUUUUUGAACUUGAGCUUGUCUAGAAUGAUUUUAUAUGCUAUAAUAAUGUCGAUAUCUUAUCCUAGUUACCUGCUGCAAUAAAUAGUUG